AUGGCCAACGAAAUUAAGACCUGCGCUCAUUGCAAAGAAACCGCCGAAGCUAGAGGAAUCCCACGCCUCCAAGCUUGCGCACGUUGUAAGACGGCUGUAUACUGCGGUCGCGACUGCCAGAAGGCCGACUACAAGAGUCACAAGAAAGUUUGCCCUAGGCCUGGGGAGCACUCCAACCCCUACUCCGCGCCUCGUCUUCACGAUCUCGAGCGGCAGGUACCCGAUCCGUUCACGCGACUCGACAAGGGCACGUAUCUGCACGAUCGGCCGGAAAGUGACACAUUCAAGCUUCUCGUCGACUCCUUUCGUAUUCGGCAAGCGGAUGACUUUGAUUACGAGCACAAGACCACGCCACCAAGCAUCUACACUGGCGCUGCAUCCAGCACUGAACCCUUUCGUCAGUACCUCAACAAGGCGACUGCAUGCAAAGGCCUUCUUCCACCAUGGUGGACCCCGGACAAAAUCGAAGAGUGCGUGGCCUUUGGAAGGAGUGGAGCAUGGAGUGAUAUAAGGAAGAAAGUGACAAAGCACGAAGUCAUUCAGCAUUAUGGAUAUGAGAAGAUGCCACUGCAACUGCGGUUGUUGGCUGAAGCGAUCUAUGGCGUAGGCACGAUGGGACACAAUGGCUCAGAUGUGCGGAAAAUGAUGAGGCAAAUGGAAAGUGGUGGUUUGCCAAAUGGCCAAACUAUGAGCAUGAUUGAUGUUAGUCAGAAACGUUAG